CUUUGGAUUAAGCAGGUCAAUGCUUCAUAUAAUAACUCGACAGUUUUGAUUUAGCUUCAAUUUAAUAAUCGAUUAUGAAUUACAAUAUCGAAGAUAAAAUCCUACUCAUUUUCAAAAGCGAGAAGUUAAUCGAGCGAAUAUGUUUAGACGAUUGUUUUGGCUUUUUAGCCGAAAAAAGUCAGCUUCAAGUUACGGUAACACAAUACACGUUGGAUAAAAAUGGGCAGCGGAAAAAGAAAAUACAUCAGCUUCAAAUAGAAAAUGAAGAAACAUUCCAAAAACUACAAGAUGAUUUAUCUGAAUUAUUUCAAACUGAAAAACAGAAGCUCAGAUCCCUACUUGUGAUUAUCAACCCAUUCAGUGGGAAGAAACGCGCCCUCCAAGAUUUUCACAACUUAGUCGCUCCGAUGCUGUACGAAGCCAGAAUCCAGUACAAAACACAAACCACACGAAGCAAGCAACACGUCGGCCAGAUUAUAGAGCGAAUUGACUUCGAUGUUGUGAACGAAUUGGUUCUUUUUGGAGGCGACGGGUUGCUUCACGAGAUACUAAACAUCAUAAACUCUUGGAGCGAGGGCAAGAAAUGCGAGUUCCUGGAUAAAAUAUGCUUUUCGGUGCUUCCGGGUGGAUCGGGCAAUAGUAUUUCGGCGGCGCUUCUGAUCGAGAGAGGAUGGCACGGGCGAGCUCGGAAAGUGUCUGUUGAAAACAGUGCCUUCCUUUUAAUCAAAGGAACAAUGGCCAAAAUUCCUAUCUGCGAAAAUAUUUUGAAUCAAUCAACUGCUAUUCUGUCGGUUGAGAAAUCAGCAAUUGGGUUCGGGGCAGCUUCCACCUACAAUGCUGAAAACUUCCGCUCUGUGGGACCGGCACGUUAUACUGUUGCCGCUAUACAUGAAAUCUACAAGUGCUCAGAUUAUCAAAUGCCCGAGUUCAACUUUGCCGAAAUUGAGGAACAUUUGUGGUCAGUUGACUACUCAGAAUAUCGAAAGAUUUCAGGUUCUGAAGAAGUCUUGUUGGAAAAAAGUACCAAAAAUGGGAAGGAAAUUUGCAUCAAAGAUUAUUUUUCAACUGUUACAAUUCACAACAACCCUUCGUUUUACGAGACAAUGGACCCUGACGGAGUUCCCUUUGUGCAGUUAGGCGAUCCGUUUUUCGCAAUCAGUUUUAUUCUACCGAUUUCACGAUGGCAAAUGGUGGAUUUCUUUUUGAAAGUGCAACAGGGAAACCAGGCUUUUGUUCUAUCGCCUCUCAAUUCUAUCUUUCUCGCUGAUAAACUGUCGAUGAAAUUUAACGAAGAAGAGAAAAUUACAAUUGAUGGGGAGGCCUACAGCUGCAAGGAGUGGCAAAUAUCUAUGAAUGGACCCCAGAUCAAGAUCAUCUCAUAAUCAUGGUUAUCUAAUCAUGGUCUCCGAGAUUUACUUUGAAGAAAUGAAACAUUAUAAUAAAUUUAAAAAUAUUUCAG